AUUCCCACCUGAAAUUCUCUUUCACAGAUAAACAGAGGAGCGGUGUUAGAUUCCAAGAUCUCUGAUCACCCAAUCACAGAGUGCAAUAGACGAAUCAGCCCCUAGUGAGAGCCGUAGAGUCAAAGAUGCUGCCGACGACUUCGAGAGGUCGGUCGUCGUCCUCUACAUCUCGGACGACCAACCCACUCUUCAUUCAGUACCUCCGCCGCAUAAUCAAGUGGCAGCAAAUGGAUAUUGAAUAUACAUUUUGGCAAAUGCUUCACCUAUGCACAUCACCAAAAGUUGUCUACCAGCACACUAAGUAUCACAAGCAAACUAAGAACCAAUGGGCACGUGAUGAUCCUGCUUUUGUUGUGAUCUGCAGCCUUCUACUUACAGUUGCAACCCUGGCUUAUUGUGCUGCGUAUGAUCAUAGUGCUGCACAUGCCGUUUUUGUAGUUAUUUCAGUUUUGCUUUUCCAUUUUUUGUUCAUUGGGAUGCUUCUGGCUACGUUUUGCUGGUUCCUGACUAAUUCUUACCUGCGGGAAGAGGCUCCAAACAGUCAUGUUGUUGAGCAGCGUGUUGAAUGGCUGUAUGCAUUUGAUGUGCACUGCAACUCUUUCUUCCCGAUGUUUGUUAUGCUAUACGUGCUCCAUUAUUUUCUUUCACCACUUUUGGUAGCUCAUGGUUUCGUUCCUGUAUUGCUAUCAAAUUUGCUAUUCAUGGUGGCUUCUUCAUACUAUCAUUAUCUCAACUUCUUAGGUUAUGAUGUACUGCCGUUCCUGGAAAGGACCACUUUCUUCCUUUACCCAAUUAGUAUUGUCAUAGUCCUCUCUCCCAUUUUGAUUUUGAGUGGCUUCAAUCCUUCAAGAUAUUUCAUGAACAUGUACUUCAGUCAUUGGUUAUGAGUAAAUGGGGGAACACACAUUUAGAGUAGCACAUAUUGUAAGGAGCUCACAUGGA